AACAACAUAAUUUAAAAAAGGGAAAAUCAAAACACAGGAAAACUGAAAAAUAUCACAUCGCCGCCACAUUACUCAUGGUAUCGAUAGUGUGGAUGUUUGUAUCGAUCCACCCACCCCGACUUCCCGCCCACCAACCGUAGCAACAGAGGCAACAUGGCGGCGUCCAGCAAAGCAGACCAAUCGCCAGAAUUGUCAACGCCGUUGAAGAUACCGAAAACCGAGGCGCCAUCCCCGGAGUCGGAAGAUUUGAGUGACAGUAAUCAAUACCACUCUAACCCCUCCACGCCCAACCGCUUCUCUCCUUUGAACGUGGGUUCCGGGGCUGCCGGCCGGACAGUGGCCUCCUCCUCCACCAACAGUUACACGGCUUGCCGGGGGAUGUCGUGGACGCCGUCCGAAACAAACGCCCUCAUAGCGGUGUGGGGCAACGAGCGGCUAACGGAGGCCAAGAUGCAGCAGUUGGAGGUCGCGGGGACCAUGUUCACCGGUAAGGCCCCCGGUCCUGCCAUGUACGAGCGGGUGUCCAGAGCCUUGUCGGAGCUGGGCUACGAGAGGACCCCGUCUCAGUGCCGGGAGAGGAUGAAGACACUUCGACGCUGCUACAGCCGUGUGAAGGAACAUGGCAUCGGCAAAAGGAAGAGCAGCUACACCAUAGAGCAGCUGGAGAAGGUAUUUGGUCAGGGAGGCUGGGACUCCCAGACUUGUGCCCCAGUCCUGAUCAACAGUAGUGGACUGUACCAGGACAUGGAGUCUGAUGGCAGCACCUUGGAAGAUUUCUCCCAAGAGGAUUGGUGCAACCAGGUGUUAGAUUCUGCUUUCCACGAGGGAGACAUAGAUGCUGAAAAAGUACCGAUGCCUAGAAACAAAGCUCUUCUGAUUCAAGCUGAGCUAUCGGAGAAAUCCCAAAAAACCAACGUGAUGCAGACGCUGAUACGUAUCCUAGAUUCUGUGCAGCUGAAAUGGGAACACUUUCAGACUUGGACUGAGUUUUCACGGCUGCACCUCUCCAACAAGCUGGCCAUUUUCGGAAUUGGUUAUAACACUCGCUGGCGAGAGGACGUGCGCUACCAUUACGCUGAGAUCAGCUCGCAGGCGCCGUUGGGAAAGAGGCUACGAGAAUAUUUCAACCCAGAGAAGCCCGAGGGCAAAAUUAUUAUGACCAAAGUUCAAAAGAUGAACUGGAAAAAUGUGUACUAUAAGUUCCUGGACAUUACCAUCAGCGAGGCGCGCUGUCUUGAGCUGCAUAUGGAGGUGGACUGGAUCCCAGUGGCGCUGUCCAGGGAAGCAGUGUGUAGCAUGGGAACAUACCACUACCUCCUACCGGGGGACAUACCCAAAGCAUAUGGACUCUACGCUAUUGGUUUUGAGGCACCGUCAUCAAGUCGGACAUCUAACCAGGUUGAUAUUAAAAACUGUACCUUACCUCAGUGUGACUCGGAGAACUGGGCAGAUGGAGAAGGAUCAGGGGAUUGUGACAUCACAGAGACUCCAGUCACUUACUGCUACCUUGGCAUCGCUGAAGAUAGGACCAUACAACAGUGCGUCUUCCAGCAUUUCCAAGGUUCCGGCAAACAUUAUGUCCACGGUGAGCCCUCCUCUGUGACUUGCUUCCUUCAAGAGAACUGCCAAGACUCGGUGGAAGGCGAUGCCGCCGCUCAGUGUUUGGCUAUUUACAUCAAAUUCAUAGAGGUGGAUUUGGACUUCCUGUCUGCGGGAUCCUUAGUGGAGUGCCUGGAAACUGCUGUUGGUUAUUCUUUGAAGUACAACAACAAGGAUUGAAACGUAACAUUUGCUGCUUCGGUUUGCUAUUUUUCAUGAGUUUUAUCCUGGUUCCUGGGAGAUUUUUCCGGCAUUGUUGUCCGUCACUGAGAAACCGAUAACAGCUGGUUUAGGCGACCCGAUAACCGCAACCAAAAUGACUAGCACUAGCGGUACAAAUAAACGGAUGUGUGACCGAGAAACAUGAACACUGAAGCAGCAAAGUUACUUGGCGUCCCCUGUGACUGGAUUAAUCGUUUGCGAUUAUCUCUUAACACUAAAUCUACAAUCAUGCACAAUAAGGUUACAUUAGUUUUUGAUGAAAAACAGGAAGUGUCAAAUUAUUCUAAGUGUUAAAGAAUGUCAAUCACUACAAUGUCUGCUGCUUGUUGCGUGAAAAUGACUGCAUGUGUCUGUGCGGUUGCCGGGGUGGCUAACGUCAAUAUACAUCAGUCUACCUCGGCGAACAAAGGCAACAAAGGGACCAUAAAAUAUCACAUUUAUUCUACGACUGCCUUUAACCUGACUGACAAACUGUGGACCUUUUAAAAUGUACGGUACGGUACGGUACACCACCAGCAAUUCCAGAAAACAAUUGGCUAGCGACCAGUCCUGGGAUAGGCUCCAGCAUGCCCCCGCAACCCUAACAAGGACAAACGGCAUAGAAAAUGGUAGAUGUUUCAACACAGCCCUCGCUCACGAUGCAACCAAAACUAAGUAACAAUUGAAACACAUUAAAAUAUAUGCUUACACGCUAACAUGAAUGCAAAACAAUUCGUAAAUGCACAAACCUACCUUACUCACGGUGCAACCAAAACUAAGUAACAAGAGAAACACAUUAAAAUAUACGCUUGCACACUAACAUGAAUGCAAAACAAUUCAUAAAUGCAAAAACCUACCUUACUCACGGUGCAACCAAAACUAAGUAACAAGUGAAACACACAUUAAAAUAUACGCUUACACACUAACAUGAAUGCAAAACAAUUCAUAAAUGCAAAAACCUACCUCACUCACGGUGCAACCAAAAGUAACACAAUAUAAAUGCAUC